AGGGACCGCCCCCGGGAUGGGAUUCUUUCUCCGAUUGGAGAAAACCGCCGUCUGUUCUCCGAGAGGCACUUCCUCUAGAGGUUGUCAGGGAAACCACAGAACGCGAUCCGGGCUCUGGGUCGUGUGGAGACGCGCGUCGUUUGGGCUCCGGGACGGACCGAUGGCGGCGCGGCUGCUGGGCGGUUUGGGGUCGGAGCGAAGGCUGGCCCGCUCGGUGGCUCAUCGGCUAAAGUAUUACAUUGAGGUGCAGAGAAAGGAAAACUCCUUCCAGUCAUCAGCCCUCGCCUGUGAUGAGGCUGAAAACUACUAUUUGCACCCUGCUUACCUGACCGAGCAGAGGACAAAGGAACAUAAUUUUGCCAAGAUUAAGCUGGAAGCAUUCCUCCGGGCCUAUGUUGGCAAUGCUGAAGAAUGUAACAGGAAAGUCCAGGGAAACCUGGCCAAGCAAAAGGAAGUGGAAAAGCUUAUUAAAAAGAUGGCCCGAGAGUACGUACCUGACAGAAUAAAUGAGGUGAAAAUGAAGAGCAGGACAAGGCAAAACAAGAUCUCCUGCAGCCUCUCGAAAUUAUAUUUGAACGCUGUGCCGCCUUUGUCCCCGGAAGAAGUGAAAAGACUGGUAUCAUCGGCAUCCAAGCUUAUCGUCGCUGCAACUUCGAAAAUGUCUCCUGAAGAAAAGGAAAAAACUCAAGAACAUAAGAGAAGAGAGAAGAAAAGUGUGAAGAGUUUCAGCGAUGGUCACCAGAAGGAUGUUUCCACCACCCUUUUUCAUGAGAAUCAGACAAAAAGAGGCCAACAAAGCCAAACAAGACAAAGUGAUAAAGAGAUAAAAAGAAAGGCCAAAGCUUCAAAUGUUUCCAGUACCUCUCCUGUUAAAUCGAAGAGAAUUUCUUCCGGGGCCGCUUGGAAUAUUCAGCAGAAGAUCUCUUGGAAAGGUACAGAUAACGUUGGCAUGCAUUCUUACGCACCAUUUAAAAUCAGAAGACAGGAGUCCUCUUCCAAACCUGGUGAAGCUGUUUCAAGCAAGAACUAUCCACCUAGAAAGCCUCUGGCUGCAGGACCAAGCCAGACACUUGGAUCCAAAGCCCACGAAGAUCGGCCUCAACGCUCGAUCGUCUUGAAAAGCAAAGAGCGGAAAGCGUCGAAAGGAAACUGCGCUCGCCCCUCUGUCACAUCAACAGCUGAGAUUUACGGCAGCCAGCGUCCAACCACCGGCAAAAAGAUCAGAAAGCAUUUCAGUUCCGAAACGAUGUCCAGGUCUUCUGUCCUGAAAAGGGUCACCGAUCCUAAAACCCACCCUAACGACCCCAGAGGAAAGCUUGUGAAAGGUGCCCAAAGGAACGGGCCUAAAGGCAGCGCUGCACUCCCCCGAACCACUUCCAAAUGCCAUCAGGUCAACUUUGCAAAUUGGGAAUCUCUUGGCUUGGAGAGGGAUGGAGUAAGAGGCUCUGAUGGCGACAGUGAUGAUGACGCUGACGCCGCUGCGCCUUCCAGAGAGAAAGGUGUGCUCGCAGAAAGACGCAAUGGCGAUUGUGUUUCUACAGUCCAACAAGGGCCACCUUUUCUGCACAAGCUUUGCCAGGAAAUGACUCGAGAAAUACCCGCCGAUCAGACCAGAAGCGAAUCCAACUGGUCAUCCUCUCCGAAGGAGCUCAGAGACGUCUGCGCGGGAGAGGAUCACGUCGAUAGCUCGCCAAGUCAAGAACGCGUGUUAGAAUCGGAGUCCUGUAAACGAGAGGCGAUCUGUAUCCCGCCCAGGUCUCCAGCGGGUUGCCGUUGUUCAGAACUGCUAAGUUACUGCGUGUGUGAAAUCGAGGAAGGGCAAGGGAUCGGAUUUCCUGGGAAAAAUGCAGCGCUUUUGAAGAGUUUGGACGGGGAGCAAUCCGACGACGAGUUCACCAACUCGUCUCACUCGAGCAGUGCCAGAUCGUCCGGCUGGUCCUACGAGCAGAUGGGUGAAAACAUUACACUGAAGGAGAAUGUCAACCCCAAGAUGGAAACAUUUCUUCAAAAACUUCUGAAGGCUCCCGAAAAUGGCACCAUCCCGCAGGAAGUGUCCCAUCAGUAUGAAAAACAGAAGUAAAAAAAAAAUCUUUGUUAAAUUUUCCUUGCCAAUGACUACUUUGCAUUUCAUUUGAUGCUCCAGGAGUUUCUAAGAAUGCAGUGCUGCUUUAUAAUGAUUAGCGUUCCACAAUUUUAUACUAUUUUUGUAAUAAUCUCAAUUUGCUCAAGGAUGUCGCAACAAUUUGACAGACCAUUAGAUGAUUAAUAGCAGAUAUCUAGACUUCUCCCCUUCUAGAUCUGUUAGAUAGUAGCUUUCACUGCUCUUAAUCAUUAUGCUCAUUUUAAAAUUCUGCAUUUAUGUAACCUUAAAAAUAAAGUUAGAACUAGUACUUCUAAAUGUGCUUCUUUUCUGGAACAAUACUGAUCAUGAAAACGAGGCCAUCUUUUCCAGACUAGGAAUUUAUUUUUCUGUUUCCCCAAAUUUUAUGAGUGCAGCCCUCCAAACCGAGAACAGCAUCUUUUAAAACUGAGUUGUGUCUUAAUUGUGUUGUUAUGGCUGCUGCUUCAUUUUAAUCACUCAACUUAAUCCAACUUAACACAAUUUCAAACGUUCACAGCGGUCAAAUCAUCAGUACUAUAUUUUUAUGAUGCUUUCCCCAUUUUUUUUAGCCAAAUAUCUGACUAACUAGAAUGACGGGAAUUGAUUUGCAGGUAUAAAUACUACGUGCCAACUAUGUAACUUGACAAUGAUGCUACGACAUGGCAAUGAUUUUAUUCCGAUGAAGGCAUUUUGAAUAUCUUUUCUUAUAAAAUGUAUUUUCUUCAUUUUUAAAAAAAACUGAUCACAAAUAAAAGCAUGUCAUUUCUGCAAAGUUUUCAUUGUGUGUUUAUUGUAUUCACAUCCUUGCUUAGUUUUACAAAUGUUUUCUAUAAAACAUUGAGGGACCAGUCUUAUAACAUACCCUUGUAACAGGCACUGUUCUUAAAUGCAGAUGUGACAUUUCAAGUUUAUAACGUUAAGCCAGAUGUCCGUCUUCUUCCCCCAAAUAAGUACUGGUUGUCCUCAUUUAGCGACCACCAGAAGUUAAGUGAGGCAAUCACUAAGUGAAACUGCAAUAGGCACCGUUCUUAAAUGCAGACGUGACAUUUCAAGUUUAUAACGUUAAGCCAGAUGUCCGUCUUCUUCCCCCAAAUAAGUACUGGUUGUCCUCAUUUAGCGACCACCAGAAGUUAAGUGAGGCAAUCACUAAGUGAAACUGCAAUAGGCACCGUUCUUAAAUGCAGACGUGACAUUUCAAGUUUAUAACGUUAAGCCAGAUGUCCGUCUUCUUCCCCCAAAUAAGUACUGGUUGUCCUCAUUUAGCGACCACCAGAAGUUAAGUGAGGCAAUCACUAAGUGAAACUGCAAUAGGCACCGUUCUUAAAUGCAGAUGUGACAUUUCAAGUUUAUAACGUUAAGCCAGAUGUCCGUCUUCUUCCCCCAAAUAAGUACUGGUUGUCCUCAUUUAGCGACCACCAGAAGUUAAGUGAGGCAAUCACUAAGUGGAACUGCCACUGUGCUUCUGAUCUCAACUUCAGCUUUCCUUUUGCGACCCGCGAGGCUCACAAAUUUGGUCCUACAGUUACUUUUUCAUCACCAUCGUAACUGCAAACAGAGGCUCAAGGAGGCAGCUGCUAAACACGGACUGCCGGUAUUACUUUUAUGGUUCUAUAACAAUAGUUACGCGGUCAAGUUGCUGAAGCAGCUUUCAGACCGCUCCCCGGUCAUUAAAUCCUCAGCUCUUCCGCCUUAAGAUUGGGUGUGCAUUGAUCAAAGUGGUUUGUACACGAGGCCAGGGAAUCUGGCAGCUUGGAAAUUCCAACAACUGUGAUUGUUCAGCAGCAAUCUUUAACCUUUUGACUCUCUUUAUACUGAUUAGGUUUUGAAUGGUCCCUAGCUCCAUAAAACUUUAUCUCCGUCAAACAAUAAUAAAA